UUCUGCUUUUGAAAAAUGUGGACGCUGGACGGCAAUAUUUUAGGUUAUUUGUGUUCUGCAAUACUUUAGUAUUAUUUUAAAUAAUUCACCAUAGUAAUAUUUAUUUUUUGAAUUCACUUAAUCUAUACAGUUUUUAAACUUUUGUAAGUCUUCAUGAUUUGAAACUAGCAAUUUGAAAAAUUGUGUCACUUGAAUAAAGCUUUGGCUUUUACCAUAGGCCUACACUUGAGUAAAAUUUAUGUAGCCUAAAGAAAAAUCUCUAGAAUGAAUUUAAUAUAGGAACAAUAAUUAAUGAUAAGUAACACAUCCUAAAAAUGGCUGUAAGAUUGAUUGGAGAAGUUGCAGAAUCGCUUCUGUACUCUGGUGCAAUGCGGCCUUCAAGUCUCAUAGCUCAUGCUAGAUUUAGAGUUGUGUGUAAAAACAGAACAUUGAAUCAAAAAAUACAAGUUCGGGAUGCUCUGAAGGACUUCUGUUCUCUAAGACAUGGAUUUUUACCCAACGAAUUUUCAUUUCCUAGUGCAAUUACUAAUUUAUGUAAAACAAAAACUUUAAUUAGAAGUUAUAGAAAUAGUUAUACUUGCCAGAAUUUGUGUUAUUCAACAUUUACUCUGCGAACACGUUCUGUGGGAUUUGAACCUUUCAAUUCAAGUGAAGCAAAUGUGUCAAGGUUUUAUUCUAGUAGUAAUGAUAAUCAAAAUACUGGCUCAACAAAGGAUCUAAUUGGCAGAGACUUGGGAGUCAAGAGGAAGGAGUUCGUCAAUAAUGUAUUAAAAAAUAACAAGAAAAAGAUGAGACUGACUAAAAUUAAACUACAGAAAAGUGGGAAGAUUAUUUUAAAAGAUAUAAAAGAAUCCAAAUCGAAGAUGAAAGAGAAAAUGGAGGAAAUAAUUGAGAGGGAAAAUAUUUGGACAAUACCCAACAUGCUAACAGUCCUCAGAAUAGCCAUGUCUCCAUAUUUGGGCUACCUAAUUUGUCAAACAAACUACGAACUUGCUUUGGGGUUGGUGAUAUUCGCAGGAUUCACAGAUUUCCUAGAUGGAAUCAUAGCUCGUUCAUUCAAGAAUCAAGCAUCGAAGCUUGGAAGUUUCUUGGACCCAAUGGCUGAUAAAAUACUGAUAGCUACAUUAUUCCUGACACUGACAAUCACUGGCAACAUUCCUGUUCCCUUGACUGCUUUGAUAGUAGCGAGAGAUACAUUACUGGUUGGAGCUGGAUUCUAUAUUCGAUAUCAAUCUCUUCCUCCUCCUAAAACUUUGAGCAGAUAUUUGGAUGUCUCGCAUGCAACAGCUGAACUGGCUCCAACCCGGCUCAGUAAAAUAAAUACAACAAUUCAACUCUGCACGGUUUUCUCAACUUUAGCUGCAGCCUCUUUCGGGUAUUUGGAACAUCCCGUCAUUCACGGAUUGUUUUGGUUGACGGCAGGUACAACAAUAGCUUCAGCUAUUAGCUACAUUAUCUCAAAGGAUACCUACAAAAUUCUCAAGAGAAAAAAAUGAAAUCGUUUAGAUUAUAAGGUAAUGCAGUGCAAUGUCAUUGUACAUGCGCAUUGGAGAAAAAAUAUGUAUGGAAAACUUAAUAAAAGAUACAAACAAUAUAACAAAUUGGAAGGAUUUAUUGCAAACAAUGUAGUAGGUGACUAUAUUACAGUUACUCAAUUUGUAUAGUCUAUUCAUGUCUCUUCAGGUAUUUGACUGUCUUCCACUUCACGUGACGAGGGAAUGUAGACUUUGAAAGCGUAGUUUCCAUUUGAAAAAGAGCUCUGCAAAAAAUAAUGCAAUCAUAACUCUUGCAAUCAGUUCUCUUCUAGAAAAUGUAUUGAGCACUAAAGAAAUAAACCAUUUAAUAAAAGCAACAUUAUCGAAAGAAUGAAGAUAAUAUAGUGAAAAAAGUGUAUUUGGUGUUUCGGAUGGACACUUCAAGCCGUCAGUCCCGGCUGCCUAAAAAGCAGUCUUUAGGUCAAAUCAGAGGCCCUGAAAUUCAUCAGUUGCCACCUGAAAAAUCUGACACUAGACCAGAGUCAGAUCACUCGAUAUUAUUAUUAUCAAUGUAUUGAUAAAUUGUUUUCUACAAGAUUUACAACUAUUU